UGUGGUUCCAGUGGAGAAAGACAUUGAGGAAUAUUGUGUGGCAGUUUGGGUUUUUGGGGCUGCAAAAGUGUUCAAUAUAUUCUUUUGGAUUUUAAACGUGUCAGGAUGGUGAGGAAUUUCUGGGUGUGGCAAUUGCUGGCCGUGAGCCUUGUGAUCACGGUAUGCUAUGCCGGAGGACAUGGUGGAGGACAUGGUGGAGGACAUGGGGGUGGACAUGGAGGUGGUGGUGGAGGAGGACACAGCAGUAGCUUCGAUGAGGGUGGCGGAAGUGAACAUGGAAGUGAUCAUCACAGUGAACAUGGGUCCAAGGGGGGAAAGAAAUACGAUUCUGGACAUCAUUUUGAUAAGGGAGACAAGGGCAGUUAUGGCAAAGAGGAAGAAUCUGGACACCAUGGUGAGGAGGGUGGUCACAAAAAAUCCAGCUACGAUGAAGCUGGAGAACAUGGAUCUCACCAUGAGUCCAAAAAGGGCUCAAAAGGAGGUAAAUUCGGCCACAAGAAGGGACACAAGAAGGGUUCCGAAACCUCAGGAUAUCACCACAAAUCUGGAAAGGAUAACUACCAUAAGGAACACAAAUUCUACGAUGAUGCCCACAAUGAAGGCAAACACUCCAAACACGGUGGCUUCCAUGAGCAUCAUUCCAAGAAGGGUGGUGAUCACAAGAAGGGAGGCAAACACGACUCUGGCUUUGCCGAGGGACACAAGGGCAAGAAGGGACAUCACGAUAAGGGACACUACGAUGAUGGCCACAAAGGUUACAAGGGACAUCACGGACACGAAAGUCACCACUCUCACCAUGAAGAUUUCGGGAAGAAGGGUGGCUCUUCCGGCGGAAGUGAACACGGCUUCAGCUCUGGUCACGGAGGCGGCGGUGGUGGAGGACAUGGUGGCGGUCAUGGUGGUGGUCAUGGUCACCAUUAAGUCCAUCCUUCAGUGAAUCUCUCUUCAGAGAUUCACUGAAUCAUCGAGCAACAGACCUGAAACAAGCCUAGAGAGGAGUGAUAAUGUGAUUACCUGUAUUAUAUAGAUAGACCAAUUUUCUCUUUCCAAUAAAAUAAGUCAAUAAU